AUGAAAAGGCUCGAUCAACAAAUAUGGGGAUCCGAAGACGAAGAAGAUAUAGACGAAGAACAAAAUAAGAACGAGGCAAAGGUUGAUCCCUAUCAUGGAAAACAACAAGAACUACCUGAACCCGAGGACUUUGAAAUGCCCGAUGAUUUAAACUUGGACGGCGAAGAAAAAGACGAUAAGGAUGGAGAAACUGAAGCUGAAUCCGUUUGA